CUAAUAAGGACUUGUUUUGAUCAGAAUGUCUUGACAUGAGUCUAAACUCUAAAGUAUUAUUUAUUUAAAUGAUUGUGUGAAAUUGUUUGCUUUAGUUUUAUUUGAAUUUCAAAUUUUUGAUAGAGUUUGCAUCGAUGAUGGAACCCUCACACAUUAAUGCCUUUGCAUUGUUUUUCGAAAAAAAUCGAUUGAGCUAUUGCGGCCAAGAUUGUCAAAGGAUACCGCCAUCUUUGUGGAAUAUGUAUGGAACUAAAGUAAAUUAUCUUGACCUCAGUUACAAUAAUAUUGAAACUUUAAAAGGUCUGGAAAAUUUCAGAGGAUUGGAAGAAUUAAUAUUAGAUAACAAUAAAUUAGGCGACACUGUUAUUUUUCCACACUUACCUAAAUUAAGGACUUUAUCGAUAAAUAAGAAUCAGAUAGCAGAUUUAGAUAGAUUAAUAAAUGAAAUACAUAAGAAUUUUCCUUCACUUUCAUACCUGAGUCUUUUAAGUAAUAAGGCAUGUCCGAACCAGCUUUCUGAUAAUGAUAAAGACGACGCAGACUACCAAAGAUACAGAUAUUUCGUACUUUACAAACUGCCAAAUUUACGGUUUUUGGAUUCAAAGCGAGUUUCAACGGCAGAAAGAAGAGAGGCGGCCACGCGCGGCGAGUUUAUGCGCGUGCGCAGGCCUGCAUGCGACACAAAAUCCUCCGUGAUAUCACCUACAGGCAGCACUAUGAGGCCCUUACCUGUGGACCUAAAUGCAUUAGGGAAACAUAAAGGUGCAUAUGGAAAAUGCCUUUAUAAAUAUACGGGCAAGCAUUCAGAGGGUAACAGGUUUAUAGUCAAUAGUGAUUUAUGAGAUGUCAUGCCAUGUCGUUGGUAAGAUGGUAAUAGAUAUUUGUAUAAUUAUAAUGAUAUAUCACACUGCUACACACGCAGCAGUGUCAUAUAUAUAUUUACUUAUUUCAAUUCCAUUUGUACAAAUUUGAAACUUAUAUAAUGCUUCCUGCUUAUAAUGUUAACAUAAUACUGGGCAGUGGACAUGUGAAUUCUAAAAAUUUCAAAUUAUCUACAUCAUAUAUUUUUAUUUACAACUAGCUAUCAGUAGAAUAGGGGUCUAUAUAAAACGUUUAUAUAUAUAUAUGUAAACGUUUUAAACAACUAUAUAUAUAUAUACGCUCCCAGCUCCUAAAAUACAAUACACAUUUUUGUUGUAGAAAUACUACAUUGCUAACAUUCUUAGGUCAAUGUCACCAAAAAUGUUAUACUUUUUGUUGAACUUAUUUUCAAUUUAAUAUUGUAUUGAUAUUUUGUUGUGUUUUUACUCAAAAGCGCACAUUUUGUUCAAAUGUAGAGUAUUUAAAUUUUACUUAAAUUUUAUCUCUAAAACUGCCAUUAUAACUGUGAUCGCCGAUAUAUAAUAUUAAAGUUGAGUGAAACAAU